AGCUCUAAAAAUUAUCUCCAUGUGACCUUGGUACAGUUUUGCUGUAGCACUGCCUUCUUCUCCAUGACUGCCUUUUAGUGUUCGUACACCUUUGCCACGAAAAACUCGUCGUGCUCUGAACCACAAUCUUGCACCUCCAUAACUUCAUAAAACGAACCGGUCUUCUUCGCUGCAACCAACAUCUUUUCCAAAUCCAACCUUAUCCCCACCAUGAUGAGCAAUAUGAUGAUGACCCGUCCCAUUGCAGGUCUCAGCAAUGCACCCUCAACCCUUCCGGUCAUGAACAUUGCUACCAUGGACCAAAAGAACUACGUGUCUUUGGACAAAGUCCUCAACUGGGACAUCCUCUGCAGCGGUGAUCGCAGGCUGGAGAAUCACACUGGCAAUAUGAGGUUCCAACAGAUCUUGGAAAAGAUGAGAGCCUCUUUCGCGGCCAUGGAGUCCAAGACGGCCAAGAAGAAGAUGGUGAGGGACGUCCACGAGUACAUUCAAGGAUACGGAGGUAGAUUCCUUCGUGUGGAAGAGGCAACAAGUCAACUUCGGAUCAUGACCACCGCUGAAUCAAGAAACAAGAUCAGCAGAUGCCUCCGUGAGUGCUCCGCGCCUAAGAAGAACCAGAAGACUUUCAUUGCCGAGAUUACGGAGCUCGAUGUCAUGUGUGGAAGAGGUGGCAAAGCCAAUCACCAUCUUGGAAACAAACUUUACCGAAAGCUUGUCAACGAGAUGAAGCAAAAGUACAGGAACACCGAAGACAAGGACGACAAGACUGAACUGAGCCGCAGUAUCGUGGAUCAAGUCUACGAAUACGGAGGAAGAUUCGUCAAGAAAGAUGCUCCAAGCGGUCGCUACUACGUGCUUAGCAAAGCCGAGGCGCGUAUCAAAACCAGCCAGGCACUGCGCGAGAACAGAGAUUCCAAGUCGAGCGCAUCUACUUCCUCAGAUGAUGACUCUGACUCUGACAAUGAGAACGGCGCCGGUAACAAGGCCAUGGCCGUGGCAAGUGCGGUUGUGUCUUCUAGCUUCCAGACAUCCAAACCAGCAGCCUGCUUGGACAAUGCCAGCCUCGACUGCUGCCAGGCCCUUGUGAGCCUCAGCAGAUCUUUCGCCACCCCAACCUUGACUCCAAAGGCAGCUUGAGGAAGCAUGUAUGCAAGUCGCUAGUGUACAUAAACAACCCUCUACUUCCAUAACAUUACCUAAAUUUUUUUAGUUUUCUUCCUCUUGCUAUUUAAAAU